GCAGAUCCGUGAGUCUGACCUUCAUAGCCGCAACCAUGUUCGCCAGGACCAGCGCGUUGGUGUUCUCCCCACAAUGUGGGCAGGUCAGGAACAUGGCUACCCUGAAGGACAUCACCAUUCGGUUGAAGUCCAUCAAGAACAUCCAGAAAAUCACCAAGUCCAUGAAAAUGGUGGCGGCUGCCAAGUACGCUCGUGCUGAGAGGCAGCUGAAGCCAGCCAGAGUGUACGGCACCGGAGCUCUGGCCCUCUACGAGAAGGCCGACAUCAAGUCGCCCGAGGACAAGGCCGCCAAGCAUUUGAUCGUCGGCGUGACUUCCGACCGUGGUCUCUGUGGCGCCAUCCACUCCAAUGUGGCCAAGGCCAUCAAGAGCGAGAUCGCCAGCCUGACCAGCGUUGGCAAGGAGGUCAUGGUGAUCAAUGUGGGGGACAAGCUGAGAGGCAUCCUGCACAGAACUCAUGGAAAACACAUCAUUCUGAACUGUAAGGAAGUCGGCCGCAAGCCCCCCAGCUUCGCAGACGCUUCAAUCGUCGCCGCCGAGCUGCUCAACUGUGGAUAUGAGUUUGACCAGGGCUCCGUCAUCUUCAACAGAUUCAGGUCUGUUAUCUCAUACAAGACGGACAAGAAGCCUAUUUUUUCAAACGAGACCGUUACUAACGCAGAGAGCAUGGCCGUCUAUGAUGACAUUGAUGCUGAUGUGAUGAGAAACUACCAGGAGUUUGCUCUGGUUAACAUCCUCUACUUGGCCAUGAAGGAGUCCUCCACCGCUGAGCAGAGUGCCAGGAUGACUGCUAUGGACAGCGCCAGCAAGAACGCCUCUGAGAUGAUUGACAAGCUGACCCUCACCUUCAACCGUACCAGACAGGCCGUCAUCACCAAGGAGCUCAUUGAGAUCAUCUCUGGAGCUGCUGCUCUAUAAACGGGCGAGAUCUUCGUUUCCAUUACCUAUAGCUCUUCAAAGACAGGUCUAUACAGGUUGUCGAGAGUCUAUGAACAUUUGUGCUUCUAUUUGUAAAAUAUAUGGAGAAAUGAAACCUCUUAAAGAAUCCGCACUCUUUUCAUCAGUCCCUGUAUUUGUCUUUCCUCACAAUAAAUCCUGAUGACU